AUGUCAUAUUUAAAGGCAACUGCAAGUACAACCAGUGCUAAUUCUUUGUCUCCAGGUCAUGGGGAUGACCUAGAUGACUUCAGCCUAGAAGAUGCCCUCCUUGACGUUGUCACCAAGCGACCCACUCCCAAAGGCCCCAAGAAGCCGGCAAGUGGGACAGGCUUUGAUUUGGCUGAUUACUUUGACACCACUCCGGCGACUACCACCAAGCCACCCAAGCCAGCUCCGAAGCCCUUCCCCAGGCCGGGGAAGCCAGACAACAGCUUUUGGGAUGUCAUCCACACCACCACAACCAAGCAGCCAAAAACUACAAGGGCUCCCCUCAAGCAUAACCCAGGAAAGAAUCCUAUGGAUUUUGACUUGGCUGAUGCCCUUGAUGAUAAAAACGAUGGGAAAGAUGCUGGGAGACCGAAUGUAAAGCCAGGUGAAGUCUUUACAGACAGUGACCUGGAGGACAUUGUGGACGGUGGCUACAGCCCGGAUAAGAAGAAGGGUGAUGGGGGUAGCACCGACAACGACUACGGAGGCACAGCGGUGGAGACAGGGACGAUCGCCGGCAUUGCCAGCGGCCUGGCCAUGGCACUCAUCGGGGCUGUCUCCAGCUACAUCUCCUACCAGCAGAAGAAGUUCUGCUUCAGCAUCCAGCAGGGACUUAAUACGGAGUACGUGAAAGGAGAAAACAUGGAAGCUGUUGUAAGCGAGGAACCCCAAGUUAAAUAUUCAGUACUGCAAACACAGUCAGCAGAACCACCAAAACAAGACAGUGCGAAGAUGUAAAAGCAUGACCUGGGGCUAGAAAGGAAUCAGUCAGCAGCAAACGGAGAUCUUACAUGCUUGUAAUUUAGCUUAUUAUUUAAUUUGACUCCAAAGCUUUUUAAUGUGUACUUAGGCUUGAACUGGCUUCUUACUGCUCUAGGCUUUAGGGUUAGAGUGGUAGCAUUUGUGUCUUUUUUGGUAAAGAGGUAUUAUGUUUACAGCAAAGUCGUAGUGUAGGUUUCACAUCUGGUUGUAUGCAAACCAAACAGAAGGUGCCUCAGUAGUGGUCAAUUUUAAUUAAGGGACAAGGGGUUUUUUGAGGAGUUGAAGAGCUUACAGUAUUGAGGACAGUGAAGUGCCUGUAUGUAGCAAUCCAAAGCCAACCAUGGGAAGAUUCUUGCUCCCACAAUCCAGGAGGAAAUGAUCAACAACCUAUUGUGCCUCUUAGAUGUGCACAAGUCUAUGGGACUGGAUGGGAUCCACCAGAGGGUACUUAAGGAGCUGGAAGAUGUGCUCACCAAGCCACUCACCAUUAUUUGUCAACAGUCCUGGCUACCUGGGCAGGUUCCAGCUGACUGGAGGCUAGGUAAUGUGACAGCCAUCUACAAGAAGGGCCAAAAGGAUGAUCCAGGCAACUACAGGCCUGUCAGUCUGACCUUGGUGCCAGGAAAGGACAAUAAGGUGACACACCUAGUGGAUGAGGGAAGUGCCAUGGACAUUGUCUACCUGGACUUUAGUAAAACCUUUGACACCGUCUACCUGCGUUGUCACCGAAAUGAAAACUCUGUUUGGAUGUUUUCAAGGGCAGGUUCAGCUCUCAUUCUCACUAGAACAUAUUACAGAUUUAAUGCAAAAGAAAAUAAAGGAGGUGUCUCUUAGAAGUUGUAAUGUUCACUAUCACAAGAGAGGUCAAGCUUAGCAAGACUGGGUGAGGCACUUAGUGCCAUGGUUUAGUUGAUUGGACAGGGCUGGAUGAUAGGUUGGACCGGAUGAUCUUGGAGGUCUCUUCCAACCUGUUUGAUUCUAUGAUUCUAAGAUGCACUCUGGCAUCUGAGGCAGCAAAAGGAUAUCAAGCCUCAUCCUUUGUGUCACUUGCUAACCUUUGAAAGAGGCAGAAUCUCCUGAGAGAAUGGUGCUCCACUGCUGUCCUGGGUGGGGUUCCUGCAGCCUUCUGGGAAGCACCAGGCUGUGAGCAGCACUGAUGCCCCCACCCCGAUCCCUGUGAGCAAGAGCUCCUUAGUGCUGUGGAACCAGUAUCAAGACCUGACCUUCGGUAUCUUGCAAGAACUUGUGUCUAUGUUUUUAAUUCCUCCCCAGCCCUUUUUUAUCACUGCUAAAAUGUGAUACUGCCACUUUCUGAUACAUUUAUCCAAAUCCAUGACUGCUUAAAAAAGCAUGCUCUCAAGUGAAGGAAAAUACACGUCACAAGGUGUAAAAGGUACUCACUGUUCAUAUAUAAACCUGGAAUGUUUGCAUUUUGUACUGUUUUGCAAAUCCCACAUUGUGUGAAUGUAUAUA